UUCUUGUAUUACUCUUUGGCUUAAAUUUAAUAAUUUAAGUUUUUUUUUCCUAUGCUGGCAUUAAACUUUAAUAAUUGAAAAUAAUGAAGAUUUUGACAAGAUGUCAACAUUGGUCCGGCACAACGUUUUGCCGAGGACUGAAGGAGUUUAUAAAGGCUGGCCCUGGGUUACAACACUUCCUCUCUGGCACAGCCGUCUUGAAUUCUUCUAACGAUGGAGCUCCCCUACCUGACUGGCUGAAGACCUCUGUCCCCAUUGGCCGGAAGUACUUUGAGCUGAAGUCCACUUUAAAAGAACUGAAGCUGUCCACCGUCUGUGAAGAGGCGAAAUGCCCCAACAUUGGAGAGUGUUGGGGCGGUAGAAGCGGCGGCUUGGCAACUGCAACUAUAAUGGUCAUGGGAGAUACGUGCACCCGAGGCUGCCGUUUCUGCUCGGUGCGAACCAGCCGAGCUCCGCCGCCUUUGGACCCUUUGGAGCCCUCGAGAACCGCUGAAGCCUUGAGCCGCUGGGGCCUGGACUAUGUUGUCAUCACUUCGGUUGAUAGAGACGAUCUCCCUGAUGGCGGCUCAUCCCACCUAAGAGAGGUCGUAAAGGCCAUCAAAUCUAAAAGUCCUAAUCUUUUGGUUGAGUGCCUCAGUCCAGACUUCAAAGGAAACUUCGAACACAUAAGAAAGGUGGCCGACUCCGGCCUGGAAGUCUUUGCUCAUAAUGUGGAAACUGUGGAGCGGCUCUCGCCUUUAGUUAGAGAUCACCGGGCUUCUUACAGGCAGUCGCUUAAAGUUCUUGAGGAAGUAAAACUCUGUAAUGCAGACCUCGUUACGAAGUCUUCGAUAAUGCUGGGGCUGGGAGAAGCUGAUGGUGAAAUUGAAGCCACUCUACGGGACCUGAGUAACGUCGGGGUGGAUGCAGUUACCAUUGGGCAAUAUAUGAGACCAACAAGACGGCACAUGAAGGUACAGGAAUAUGUCUCUCCCUGCAAGUUCAAGUACUGGGAAGAGUUUGGAAGCGCUUUGGGAUUUGCUUAUGUUGCCUCUGGCCCAUUGGUAAGGUCGUCCUAUAAGGCAGGCGAGUUCUUCCUGAAGAGUUUCGUCAAAUCUAAAAAUAAAUCUGGUCUUUAA